AUGGCUUUUCCCUGUCGCAUUUACAUUCAUUUCCUAUCUCUUAUUCUCUAUCACUCCUCUUUCACUAUAUAUCUUUCCAUCCUUGACUCUCUCUCUCUCUCUCUCUCUCUUUCUCGCUUUCUAUUCCCUCUGAUUGAUUUGAUCAUUCUCCUUUUAUCUAUCUAUCUAUCUAUCUAUCUAUCUAUCUAUCUAUCUAUCUAUCUCUUUAUAUUCUGUACUUACGUAUCUAUCGAUCUAUCUAUGUAUCUAGAUAGCUCCCAUAUUUUAAUUAUUUCUUUCUUCACUAUCUAUCUAUCUAUCUAUCUAUCUAUCUAUAUCUAUGUGCCUAUAAAUCAAUCCUUUUUAUUCAUCUGUACCCUUCGAAUUAAAACAUUCGACUUUUCGUUUCUCUUUUUAAAACCAUCACUCCUCUCUCUCUCUCUCUCUCUCUCUCUCUCUCUCUCUCUCUUUUCUGUCUCUUUCUCACACUCUCUACCACUAUCCCCCCACCGUGUUUCAAACACCAACUUUAACACUCUCCUGCUUCCAAAAUAUCAAAAUCUCUCUCUCUCUCUCUCUCUCUCUCUCUCUCUCUCUCUCUCUCUCUCUCUCUAUCUAUCUAUCUAUCUAUCUCCCGCAAUUUCUCUAAACCUUGAUCUUCCUUUCUGUCUUGACUGUGAGCAUACUUCCAAUCCUUCUUCAUAUUCCCACCAAACGCAAUCAUUCAAUUUCUCCUUUUCAUGA